CGCGAGGGUUGCAGGACCCCUUUUCCUCAGGACCCCUUGCCCCCACGGCGAGGGGAUAGUCUAAAGCCUAUCCAGAGGUGGCUUAACGGGGGUCAGCACAGCAUGCACGGCCUGGGUGAAACAAGACAGCGACGGCCGAGCGUGACGGCGACGAAGCCACCGAGGAUGCCUGGCGUCCUCCGCGCCACCUUUGCCGCGAUGUGGCCAGCGCAGUAAGGCCGUGCUACGUCCACACUGUGGAAUGAGAACAAUAGAUUUGGACUCAGAGGGGCCGCCACCUAGCGUCGACCGACGUCCACCGCGGCGCCGUAUGGACAGUCCCAAGCCAGCGCAACGAAGCACCACGGGCGGGCCCGCCUGGGACUGGCGUAGCCCAACCGUUAGGCGGGACGUCGGCCCAGGCUGCGCCGGACGGCAGCAGUGCCACUUGAGUGCAGCCCUCGCUGCGCUGAGCCCGCCGCUCGGCAGGGCUUAAAAGAAAAACAAGACCGGGACGCUCCGCCACUGUUUGACUGCUGGCGUCGCCGCGGGCGGCCUCGCGGGCCGGCGCGAGCGCGGACGCGCGCGCGCACCGCAUGCAAGCCUGCGGCCCUCGCGCUCGGACUGAGACUGAAUCUGAGCAGGGGCGGGUUAACUGCCCGCGUCCUGAUGCGCCCAAUGCGCGCCAUAGAUGAUGGAGUCUUGGAGAUAGGCACCAACGCCGACACAGGGGGAUUGCCUCGACCGAUGGGAGAUUAUCAUAUAUGUUGAUGUCAGUGGUGAUGCUUCGGUCGCCCAUGGGAAACCGAAUAUGACCACCUUCACCGAGAUCGGGAUCAUCUUCCUUCGGUGGAGCCACACUGCCUAUAUGUGUGCUGAUGUCACAUCCAGGCAACGGGGGAUACUCGCGCUGAGAGGCGUCAGCGAUGAAUCCCGCCCACUACUGUUUUACUCGGUCGCCAUGCCGAACUCUGACAGUCCGCUCCUGCAAUCACGUCCUUUUCGGCUAUCUCGGUCGCCUGGUCGAACAUUACGGAGCAUCCGCUCCUGCGAUCAUGCCCUUCUCAUCGGCCUCGGCCCCCUUGUCGAGCUCUACGAUCCUGCGCGUGAUUUGGAUGGGCGGCUCGGGGAUGGCGAAGGCAGUGGUCGUCGCGAGGCAGCACAUCCAUGCGGCGUCCAUCACCUGGAGCACCUGCCACGGGAGGAAUGGGUCGAAGCCGGUGCGCGCCUCAGACUUGUCCACGACGACGUCGGUGAAAUAAAGCAUGGGCAACGUUGCCGUGACCAAACCGUAGACGACCACGUGGGCGGUGUGCUUCCGCUUGACCCGCGCGCGUUGAAGGGGCGUGCCGAAGGCGCUCUCCACGUAGUUGCCCAGCGUGCACAAGUAGCGGCACAGCACGCAGACCGUGAAGAUGACAAGGUGCUCCUCCCAUCUGCCGUCGUGCGGGCCGACCGACCAGAGCAACAGCCAGAGCACGGACGCCGCCCCGUGCAGCCACGUGGUAACAAUAGCGAAGUGCUCGGCCCAAGAUGUAUGCCCAUCCUUGGGGAGCGGGGAUGUACCGACCCCGCUGCCCCCCGUAACACCCUCAAGUCGAGGAGCAGUCUGACACCGCGGCAACAGGGGAGUACCGGGCAAGCAAGCGGCGCGCGUGCCCUGCGUUUUGCGCGAUCAGGUGGCGAGGAGGCUGGGGCCAGGCCUCCUCCUCCUCCUCCUCCUCCGAGGGAGGAGCGACGAAGGAUGGCCCCACACGAAAAGGAAGGGCUUCGAGGCUCAGGGGAGCGAGGGGCCGGGGCCCGGGGAGGGGGUGGUGCGAACGACGACCUCCCCGCGAGCAAGCGGCGCGCGUGCCCUGCCCUCGCUCUUGGCAUCUGCAGCCUCGGGGAUCUUCUGACCCGGGUCAGUCCAGACCCGGGUCAGCAGGAAACCAAAAACUGCGAUGCAGGACAAAAAAACUGCAACGCAGGUCUUCGCAAACCCGGGUCAGCCAAUGUGUGCGGCCGCCUCGCGGCCACGAGCGG